AUGACAAGUAAACUGGAAAUAUUUGAAUUUUCACCCAGUAUUUGUGAAAAGUAUGAAGGUGCAUCAACUGCAAACUUCAUUCUUGCGGUAAUUAUCACCAUUGGAAUUGUCAUUAGUUAUUUACCUCAAUAUAAAAGAAUUAAUGAUAAAAGAACUUCUGAAGGAUUAUCAACUCAAUUCCUUUUAUUAGGAUCAUGUUCUUCAAUAUUCACAUCCACAAAUAUCAUAUUAGUUAGUUCAAAUGCUCGAAAUUGUUGUAGAGGGGGGUAUAUCAGUGCUUUCAACUGUUUAAAUUCUCAAAUGAACCUUAUUCAAAUAGGUUUACAAUCAGUUUGUGCUAUUAUGAUCUUAGUAUUGGUAUUAGCAUUGACAAGAGAUUCAAUCAAACAAGAUAAGGAGGAAUAUGCACGGAAUUUAAAAGUUGGAAAGAUAGUCAUUGCUCACGCUAUAAUAUCUAUUAUAGAGAUCAUGAUAGCUUUCCUUAGUGGGAAUGAGUCAUUAUUAUUAGUGAUUGCCAAUUUUAAUGGAUUAAUGUCAACUUUAUUGACGUUCAUUAAAUAUGUACCACAAAUUUGGACAACCUAUAGUUUAAAACAUCCAGGUACUUUAUCUAUUGGAAUGAUGUGUAUUCAAACUCCAGGUGGGGCCAUUUUCACUGCCACUUUAUUCUUUGCUAAAGGUUCUCAUUGGAGUUCUUGGAUAUCUUAUUUCUUUGCCUUUAUUUUACAAGGUACUUUACUUUCAAUGUGUAUUUAUUAUGAAUACUUGAAACAUGGAGGUUUUGAUGCUGAAGCUCUUGAAAGAAUACAAGUGGAAAGAAUUAUUGAACAAAAUAUGCAUGAUCAAGAGGAAACCAAUGAUUCCAGUCCUCUUUUACAAGGAUCUUGA